AUGGUGUGCAGGCCUCCCCAUCCAAACCCCAGCAGCCUCCCCAUCCAAACACCAGCAGCCUCCAGCAGCCUCCCCAUCCAAACCCCAGCAGCCUCCCCAUCCAAACCCCAGCAGCCUCCAGCAGCCUCUCCAUCCAAACCCCAGCAGCCUCCCCAUCCAAACCCCAGCAGCCUCCCCAUCCAAACCCCAGCAGCCUCCAGCAGCCUCUCCAUCCAAACCCCAGCAGCCUCCCCAUCCAAACCCCAGCAGCCUCCCCAUCCAAACCCCAGCAGCCUCCAGCAGCCUCUCCAUCCAAACCCCAGCAGCCUCCCCAUCCAAACCCCAGCAGCCUCCAGCAGCCUCUCCAUCCAAACCCCAGCAGCCUCUCCAUCCAAACCCCAGCAGCCUCCCCAUCCAAACCCCAGCAGCCUCCCCAUCCAAACCCCAGCAGCCUCCAGCAGCCUCUCCAUCCAAAACCCAGCAGCCUCCCCAUCCAAACCCCAGCAGCCUCCCCAUCCAAACCCCAGCAGCCUCCAGCAGCCUCUCCAUCCAAACCCCAGCAGCCUCCCCAUCCAAACCCCAGCAGCCUCCAGCAGCCUCUCCAUCCAAACCCCAGCAGCCUCUCCAUCCAAACCCCAGCAGCCUCCCCAUCCAAACCCCAGCAGCCUCCCCAUCCAAAUCCCAGCAGCCUCCCCAUCCAAACCCCAGCAGCCUCCAGCAGCCUCUCCAUCCAAAUCCCAGCAGCCUCCCCAUCCAAACCCCAGCAGCCUCCCCAUCCAAACCCCAGCAGCCUCUCCAUCCAAACCCCAGCAGCCUCCAGCAGCCUCUCCAUCCAAACCCCAGCAGCCUCCCCAUCCAAACCCCAGCAGCCUCCCCAUCCAAAUCCCAGCAGCCUCCCCAUCCAAACCCCAGCAGCCUCCAGCAGCCUCUCCAUCCAAACCCCAGCAGCCUCCCCAUCCAAACCCCAGCAGCCUCCCCAUCCAAAUCCCAGCAGCCUCCCCAUCCAAACCCCAGCAGCCUCCAGCAGCCUCUCCAUCCAAACCCCAGCAGCCUCCCCAUCCAAACCCCAGCAGCCUCCCCAUCCAAACCCCAGCAGCCUCCCCAUCCAAACCCCAGCAGCCUCCCCAUCCAAACCCCAGCAGCCUCCAGCAGCCUCUCCAUCCAAACCCCAGCAGCCUCUCCAUCCAAACCCCAGCAGCCUCCCCAUCCAAACCCCAGCAGCCUCCAGCAGCCUCUCCAUCCAAACCCCAGCAGCCUCCCCAUCCAAACCCCAGCAGCCUCCAGCAGCCUCUCCAUCCAAACCCCAGCAGCCUCCCCAUCCAAACCCCAAACAGGGUGAUGAAGUUCCAUACCACCCAGAAGUGUUUCCGUCGGGCAGGAGAGGAGGAUGAGGAUGAGGAUGAUGAUGAUGCCGUGGAUCUGUUUGGCUGGCAGAGAGCAGUCUGA